GCAGACUUUGCAAAGAAUUUCAUUUCAAUUCGGGAUAUCCCCGUGAAUUUACGAGUGCUCCGGAUUUUUCAUAUCACAAUGAGUCGUGAAGUUCUAUCGCCUCCUGUCCAAACGAUGAGCCACAACCGUCAAUAUAGGGUCAAUAUUGUUCACGAGGAUUUCGGAGGCGACAAGUGGAAUGGCCCAAAUAAAAAGGCUAAAAAAGAAAACAAGUCCUACGAAGAGCCAGACUUAUAUGGCGAGGAUGACUUUGAGGAUGAUCCUGCUGUCAAUAAUAUUGAAGAAUCAUCCAAUGGAGAAUUCAAGCUUGCGCUCCAUGUGCCCAAAUCGUUUUACGGUGGAUUAAUUGGCCUUAAAGGGUCUACAAAGCGUCGCAUUGAGGAAGAGACGAAAGCAGAGAUCUACGUUCCUCGACAGAACGAGAGAUCCAACAAUGUGAUUAUCAAGGCAAAGCAACGUAGCCAAGUGUGCGCUGCACUUCGUCAAAUUCGUCAUCUAAUAGUCUCCCUACGAAAGAAGAUGAGACCGACCCACUUUUUGGCCGUGGCUCUGAACUCUGGGGAAGUCCAGGAAAGAUAUGUAGAACUUAAGAAAAAGAUCAUGGAUGCCAAAUUGCCCGGAAUUGAUGAAGAAUUAUUCAUAUCCGAGCGGAAAAUCCACCUAACUUUAGGUGUUUAUGUGCUGCUGGAUGACGAAGAACGCCAAAGGGCCAUUAAUGAGCUAGAAGUCUGUCGUUCCCUACUGGCUGAUUUAAAGACACCUUUGGAAAUGAAAGUCAAGGGUCUGGAGAUUAUGAACGAUGAUCCCAGCUCCACUCGGAUUCUAUACGGUCGCAUUGAGUCCCCGGAUCUGCAGAAGUUCGCAGAUCAGGUUCUAGCCCACUUUCAGAAUACUGGACUAUGCGCCACGGACAAUAACGAACGUGAAUCUAUCAAACUUCACAUGACCUUGAUGAACAAUCGCUACCGUAAGGAGGCCAUGAAGUCCGGAAACAGCUUUGAUGCCCGCGAAAUCCUGAAGAGCUUUGGAGACACGGACUUUGGAACAGCCCAGUGCGAUGCAGUGCACCUGUGCGUAUUGAAAUCCAGCGGUGAUGACGAAUUCUAUAAGAUAUCUGGAAGCCUGAAAUUCUGAUAAGCCUGGAAUGCUUUUAUUUAUAGUCCUAUAACUUAGGAUUAUGAGGUAUGAACCUUUGUAUAUAACUAAAUAAAAUUCCACACAACUUAUUGUUUGUUUAAAAAAAUUUCUAAAGGGUUUGUUUUCU